AUGUUUGUUGGAGCAGCUGGACGUGGAUGGGCUGUGCUUCGGCGAAAACCUGUUAGAGCUCUCCGGGCGGAUGGUGCAGACAAGAUAGCCUCGGAGACAAGGAACUCUUUCCGUAAAGAAAUUAUUGGGUCUUGUGGGGAGCUCUCUGCUGGUAAUGUCGAGGAAUUGUCUGACGGUUUAACUCUAAAUAUGCUUAGUGAACCGGAGUCUAAUGACAGGUGCAAGCAUAUACGGUUGGUACUAGCCAAACUUAAACUGUGUAAUGCUCGUAGGCUAGUUGAGUUUGAGUGUGAAAAUCAGGAGAAAUGUGGAUGA